AUGGGUCUGCAAGACCUUUUACACAACUGGCGGUCCCAUACCGUUGCGAGCACAUCGGCAGUAGUUUCCGAAGAAGAACUUGCAGCAGACGUCGAUGAACCCCCGGAUCAUCGUUCCAAGCAGUAUCAGCAAGCAGACUUUUAUAAAUCAACUGUUCAGUCCCAGGGUGUACGCAAGGAAUCCCUCAUUACCAAGGGACUCCAUAAGGAUCCCGAGAAAGAAACAUCUAAACCAGAGGUUCAGGUCACGACUGACCUUUCUCGUCGACGAUCGAUGAUAAGCAAUGCUAGUGUAACCUCGACGGCUGAACUCACCAGCGAUGGAGAUCUCACAAGUCCCGCCCGUACCAAUACGCCUAGCCCCCCACCACCAAACUAUACUAGCUUUGCUCCAUAUUCCUUCGGCCCCAAACUCACGAACCCAGCAUCACUAAUGGUGGGAAGAGUCAAAAUCAAAGACGAAGCUCAUGCCGCCGAAUAUCUAAGUUUGUCACCUAAGGCUUUACCUCCAGCAACCGCCCCGCCAAAGCAGCGUGGAGUUUCAUUUCAGUGUGGGAAGAUGACCCAAAAGCCAACCCCUCCGGUCGUGGUUGCACCUGCGCCAGUCACGCCCGCCGAGCCCCCAAAACCGCGUACCUGCAAGAUCAAGUUCGCAUGUGCAAUGAAACCCUCAGAAGAGAGAAUAGCCAAUUCUCAAACGGAGAAUACUUCGGAUCUAAAAGUCACUGAUGCCCAGAAGCAAAUUACGAGCCGGCCGACUUUAAGCCCUAGGAAGUCCCCUCGUCUCACAACCCGAUCCUCACCAAGACCACACCGAGAUUCCUCGUCUACUGUGAGACGAGCGUCACAAAGUCCUCAGGCUCUUCGGGUGAAGCCCAAAUACAUCAAUGCUGAUGAGCAGACCUUGAAAUCCUCGGAGGCAACUCGAUUUCACGAGUUUGCGAGUGGAGAAGUACAGGAGGACGAUUGGAUUCGUAGAGAUGCUGAGAAUCCAAAAGCAAAGCUUACCAUCAAUGAUACACUCAAGAUGGAGAAUGCUAUUCGGAAACUUGGAAAUGAGGUUGAAGAAGAGGCACUGGAAGAGGAUGAGGAAGAAGAAGCUGAAGAAGAAGAAGAAGAUGAAGCAGUCAACUAUUCCGAUGAUGACGAUGGCUUUGGUGAGGAAGACGACGAUGAUUUUGGGUCAGACGAUGGCUCAGACGAUGGGUCUGAUGGCAACGAAACCGACAAUGAAGCUGGAUUUGCCGAAUCUGAUGAGAGUGAUGUAGAAGGGGAGUUCGCAUUUUGGACCCCCGGUCGGAAUAUCGCACUGUCACACGCAGACGCCUCUACCUACCGUGCAUCUGCUCACCGAGCGGCAUCUGCAUCUUCUAUCGACUCGCUUGGUCACUUGGAUUCUGUUUUGGGUCCGAAAGGAGCGAGGAAGCCAAGACGUCGGCCAAUCAGAAUUCGUCCUGGUACUCCAGAGUUACCUGAUAGUACUGACUUUGUAUGUGGCACUCUCGAUGAGGAUAGACCUAUCGAGAACGCAUAUAUAUCAUGUAUGGAAGCUAGAAAGAACGCUAAGCAUAAGCGGACUCCACAAGAUAUAGAUCCCAGCUUCCCUACGUCCGAUCUAGACGACGAAGAAGAUGACGAAGAUCUUGUGGAAGGUGCCAACGAAAGCGACGAGCAAGUCUGGCUUCACGGGAACUUCGAAGAAUCAGACCACGAAGGUGAUCGACGCCGGACUGCUGCAUCCAAACGCAAAUCACCACUUCAUUCGCCAAAGAGACUUCACUCCCCGCCUCCACCGCGACGAUUGCAUUCUCCACCACCUCCAAGACAGCGCCUUCGCUCACCCCCACCUCGUAAACUCUUCGGCCACUCACCCAAGCGUAUGCGCUCUCCUCCGCCUGCUCGAGGCAUCCGUUCUCCAGCUGCCUCUCCAACCACACAAGACAGUAAAGCCAUCAACUUCGCGCCACUUGCACAGCGACCUGGACUCACACACACAAAAUCACUUCCACGUGCCCCAAACGCAUUUGGUCGUCAAUAUCGAGCCUCUCGCAUCGCAGCUGCCAAUGGCCAUGAUGGUAGUGAUUCUGCCGACGGUCAUGUCCGUGGUGCUAUCGCCAUUGUCAAGGGCCUUGAGAGGAAGCGCCAACGUCGCAAGGAGAAGUUCCAGUGCAAAGGACGAAAGCAUCAUUCGGAACGCAAGCCUCAACCCGGAAAAGGCGCAGAGCGAAUGCGUGAACUCGGACUCCUGAUGGCCGGAAAGACCGGCGUGCAGAAUCCAUAUAUGAUGUCUGCUUAG